AUGCCAGUUUCGGCUGGUUUAGUGCCAAGUCGCUUGUCGGUGAAUUUGAACGAAGGUCUGAUUUCACCUCCAGCUUCUCUCCAGCCUGCCCCACAAAGGUUCGUCCUCGCCGAAGCUGGACUCUCGUUCGGACCUCACUUCUACCGUCCAGGCGGGAUUCGAACUAACCACUUUGCUGUUCAGCCUCAACCAUGUGAUCCGCCUUCCCUCCACUUGAUCAAGAGCACAUCUCCGGUACGAUGA